UCCGGAGAGUCCUAAGAUUCUGGGAUUGGUGUUUCUCCUCGGUGGUGGAAGAGAGAAUGGGGCUAGAGGAGGAUGAUUUCGUGUUUCACGGGACGCCGAUAGAGCGAGAGGAUGAGAUCGGUAGCCGGAAGAAGAAAGCAGUCGCGGGAGCUUCGGGGAACCUUAGAACUCUCCCUGCUUGGAAGCAAGAGGUGACUGAUGAAGAAGGUCGGAGAAGGUUCCAUGGAGCAUUUACUGGUGGAUAUUCUGCUGGGUAUUACAAUACAGUGGGGUCAAAAGAGGGCUGGGCUCCGCAGUCAUUUACGUCGUCAAGGAAGAACAGAGCUGGAGCGAGAAGGCAAAAUAUUUCAGACUUCCUUGAUGAAGAUGAAAAGGCGGAGUUAGAGGGACAAUCACUGUCUGCGAGCUCACAAUUUGACACAUUUGGAUUUACAGCAGCCGAACAUUCUCGCAAGCAAGCUGAGAAAGAACAGCAUGAAAGGCCAUCAGCCAUUCCUGGCCCAGUGCAUGACGAACUUAUUGCUCCAGUUUCGGAAUCAAUUGGCGUCAAACUGUUGUUAAAGAUGGGAUGGCGGCGUGGUCAUUCAAUAAAGGAUGUGCGUGCUGGUUCAGAUGCUCGUAGGGAAGCUAGAAAAGCAUUUUUAGCCUUCUCCGCUGAUGAGAGUACUAAGGGAUCUUCGGACUCGCUGGUUUUGGAGAGUGAAGUGAAAACUUCUCUGGAUCCACAGAUUAAUGAAGAUAUUAAAUUUUCUGAAACCACUCCUGUAUAUGUUCUCAAUCCGAAGCAGGACCUGCAUGGUUUAGGAUAUGAUCCUUUUAAGCAUGCUCCUGAGUUUAGAGAAAAGAAAAGAUCUCGCUUGUCUGCCGGUAAGGAGGCUGGCUACAAAAAACCAUUGUCAAUGAAGGAAAGUCUUUUCGGACCUAACACAGGAAAAAUUGGUCCUGGUUUUGGCAUUGGCGCACUUGAGGAGCUUGAUGUCGAGGAUGAAGAUGUCUAUGCUGGUUAUGACUUUAAUCAGACUUAUGUCAUAGAAGAUGAACAGCCAGUAAGACCGCACAAUGAUAAUACACUGAGGUUAACCUCAAAAGAGCAUAAUGUUCUGCCAGGUUUUGGAGCUGCUUCGAAUUCUGACUACAGUGUAGAGAGAUUUGAUCCUCCGAAAAUCCCCAAAGACUUUGUGGCUCGGCAUAAGUUUCUUGGUCCUCGGGAGACUGAAACUAAGCUAACUGCUUCUGCUCCUCCAGAUGUUCCUCCACCUGAAGAUAAGAAUCUGAAAAUUCUGAUCGAUGGCUUUGCAACAUUUGUUUCCCGCUGCGGGAAACUGUACGAGGAUCUUUCUAGAGAGAAGAACGAAUCAAAUCAGCUGUUUGAUUUUCUUCGGGGAGGUAGCGGUCAUGACUACUAUGUAAGAAGAUUGUGGGAGGAGCAACAAAAGCGCGGUGAUCAAAGUAAUCUGCAAUUAGAUGUUAAGGUCCCUUCAAGCGUUGAGAAAAUGACUGCAGAAAAGCGUGGUAGCUUAUUAGGAGAAAGGCCACUGCAGAAAAGUUUGAAAGAAACUGAAACCUCUGCUUCUUCUGGAGGAUCCUUCCAAUUCCCCACCAAUCUCUCUGACACAUUCACCAAAUCUGCUUCAUCUCAAGAGGCAGCCGAUGCUGUCAAGCCCUUCAAAUAUGACCCGGCAAAACAAGAAAGAUUUGAGCAGUUUCUCAAGGAGAAAUACAAAGGAGGGUUACGUACAACAGAUUCCAGUAGAUUUAACAGCAUGUCGGAAGCAGCUCGUGCUCAAGAGAGGCUGGACUUUGAGGCUGCAGCUGAGGCGAUUGAGAAAGGGAAAGCUUAUAAGGAGGUCAGACGGGCUACUGAACGGCCUAUCGACUUUCUUGCAGGAGGGCUGCAAUUUACUUCUGGUGGAACAGAGCAAAGUAAAGACAGUGGAGUAGUAGACAUGAAAUCAAGUAAGACAUACCCUAAAAGGGAAGAGUUCCAAUGGCGUCCUGCACCUCUUCUGUGCAAACGAUUUGACCUUCCUGAUCCUUUCAUGGGAAAGCCGGGAACUGCUCCGCGAGCAAGAAACAAAAUGGAUUCUCUCAUAUUCUUGCCGGAUACAGUGAAAGCUGCAUCUGAUCUACAAGAACCUAAGAAAGAGACAACAGUAGAAGAGCCUGAAGUUGAGGUACAAGUGGAGAAUGUGGAGAGACCUGUUGAUCUUUACAAGGCCAUUUUCUCUGAUGAUUCUGAAGAUGAUGAAGAACAACCUAUGAAUGGAAAGAAAGAAGAGGGUCAAGAAAAGAAGAAUGAAGCGGCUGCUGCAACCACAUUAAACCGACUCAUAGCUGGUGAUUUUCUAGAAUCUCUGGGGAAAGAACUGGGUUUCGAAGUACCUUCUAAUGUCACCUACCCGGAAGGAACCAAGCCAGUGGAAGAAGAUAGCAAGUCCAAACGCAAAUCCGAUGCAUCUUCUGAGAGAAGACCUGAAACGAAAGAAAAACCAGAGGAGAAGACGAGCAGCCUCAAACUCGGGUCUGAAGGAGAAAAGAGUACAAAAAGGAGCGAGAAGUCGCCAAGAAACUGGAGUGGUGAAGAAAAGAGUACAAAAAAUAAAGAGGAGUCGCCAAGAAACGAUCUAUCUUCGAGCGAUUCCUCAGGAGAUGAAGGGAGGAGAAGACGUUCCAAGAAAGAUAAGCAUAGAAACAAUGAUUCAGAGAGCGACUCGUCAAGUGACUACCACAGCAGAGAUAAACGAAGCUCAAGAUCAAGAAGAAAGAGGAGAGAAUCUUCUAGAGAGAAUAGAAGUAGCCACAAGAAGCAUUACAAGACCAAGGACUCCUCUUCUUCACGGUACAGCAUGGACGAAGACCGGAAAGAGUCAAGGCGGGAGAAGCGGAGGCACAGAGACUGAAACCAAAUAGGAGCACACUUGCAUACAUCGUUAUUGUGAACAUUGAAACACUAUAGAAUUGAGUUAUGCAAUAUCUACACUGUUUUGAUGGUCAGAUUAUAUAGCAAAUGAUGAGCUUAGUUUAUGUGAGCUGAUACUAUCAGACUUGUAUUGGAUAAAUCUUUAAUUACAUUACAUACAUAUAAACAAAAGAGGACAUCGUAGGUUUAUUAA